GAGAUAUCCUAGAACCACUUAUCCGGGCUCUGCUGCAGCACCCAGGCGCGAAGAGCAACGAGUGUGCACUGCAGAUUUGCAGGUCUCCCCGGCGCUGACUCACCAGCAACUUCGUGGACAGCCGAUAACGGAGCAGCAAUCUCGGACGAAACCGUGUCGCAGCAUUGUCAGUGCGUUUAUUUCGGCAGGAGAGAUCACGCGGGCGCGCGAGCUGGCUGAGCUGUGGAGUGCCGACCGCCCCGGCCUGAUCACUAGCCAGAGCCUGGCCGAGCUGAUCCUCGGUCUCGGUCGCGCUGGAGAUUACAACGAAGCCCUGGGGCUCUUUGCCGGCAUGCAGGGAGCAGAGACUAGCGAGAUUACGCUCGAGAUCCUGUCGUCGGUGCUCCAGGUGUAUGUGAUGGCCGAGGACUUUGAAGAAGCGGUGUCGGUCAGCAAGCGCAUCCGGGCCAUUGUCAAGGAAGGCGUCGAUAACGGGGAUGCCGAGAUUCCGACUCGGGAGACAUACAGCUGUAUGAUAAAGGCAUACUGCGCAUACGGGCAGCCGAACGAGGCUCUGCGAGCUCUAGAGGAAAUGCGCAUUCACAAGGUCCACGCAUCAACUGAGACAUACACCACGCUGCUCAAGUCGAUGAGCAGUCCUGCGGAGUCUCGACGGUCUGAAGCUCAUUAUCGCUCUGGCCAAUGUCGACAACAAUAUGCAUGCCAAUGGACUGGAUGGCAGCAGCAGAGUGCCAUUGCCGCUGGACACUGCCUACUUCAAUGCCCAGAUCGAGGCAUACGGGCGUGUCGGCAGCCCAGAGCGCGCGCUGCAGGCGUGGGAGAUGAUGCGACAGCGCGGCGUGAAGCCCGAUAACAUCACGGCAUCGCUGCUGAUCGAUACAUGCGCGUGGAACGAGCGGGUCCACUGGGCCGAGGAUAUGCAGCCACAGAGCGAGUUUGUUGAGCGCAAUGAGCCCGAGGACCAUGUCUACACAGGCAUGCCGUUUUUCCAG